AGUUUUCGGCACGGAUUGAUGAUUGAUCUGUGCAGGCACUUCUAUGGCUGCUCUUGGUGCAGGACUAGGAGACAUGAAAGCUUUCUCGGGGUUCAACAUGUCACUGCUUCUUUGUCUCGCAUUUGUGCUCUUCUACUCAGGAUCAGGGCAAGUCACACAGGCUGUCUUCAAUGAUGUUUAUUAUGAUGCAUCAGCACCAACACAGUGUUUGGCAGAGCCGGGGAUUACCAUGUAUGGCGGCGGGAUCAUAGUUAACCCGGAGUUUAGCUAUGGCACAUAUGGAUGGACUGUGUUCGGGCAAGGAGAGAUUGAACAACACGUAUCGCGUACCAACAACGGGUUCAUGGUGGCGAGUGAUAGGAAACAUCCGUUGGACAGUUUCUCUCAGAAAGUCCUACUCGAGAAGGGCAAGUUCUAUAUGUUUUCAGCUUGGAUACAAGUCAGUGAAGGAAGCGAGACGGUAUCGGCGGUAUUUGGAACUGGAGAAGGCGAGUUUGUUCCCGGAGGCAGCGUUGUGGCAGAGCACGGUUGCUGGUCUUUGCUGAAAGGUGGCAUCGCUGCAAACUCGUCAGGACUUGUCGAUGUUCUUUUCGAGAGCAAGAACACCUCGAAGGAAAUAUGGGUCGACAAUGUUGCAUUGCAACCGUUCUCGAAGAAGCAAUGGCAGUUUCACCAGGACCAAAGCAUAGAGAAGGUGCGGAAGAGCAAAGUGAGGUUGCAUGUUACUUAUCCAUAUUCAGGAGCCGGAGUUGGCGGAGCCACAGUUCUCAUCAGACAAACCAAACCAGGCUUCGCGUUCGGGGGCGGCAUGAACUCCCACAUUCUCAAAAGCACCGAUUAUCAAAACUGGUUCGCAUCGAGAUUUAGAUUCGCCGCUUUCACCAAUGAAAUGAAGUGGUACAGCACAGAGAAGAAGCAAGGCCAGGAGAACUACACGAUAGCUGACGCGAUGGUGAAGUUCGCGCAGGACAACAAAAUCUCGAUUCGAGGCCACAACGUUUUCUGGGACGACCCGAAGUACCAGUCUGACUGGGUCAAGACCCUUUCGCCCGAGGAGCUGCGGGAAGCAGCAGAGAGGAGGAUCAACUCGGUCGUAUCAAGAUAUGCUGGAGACGUGAUUGCUUGGGAUGUGGUCAAUGAGAACCUGCACUUCAGCUUCCUUGAAGACAAUCUCGGGAAAAAUGCGUCCUCGAUUUAUUUUUCGAAGGCAUACAAGCUCGAUCCGAGCGCGAGAAUGUUCGUGAACGAGUUCAAUACCAUUGAGUUCGGUGGAGACGUUAAGGUGAGCCCCGGAAACUUAAAGAAGAGGCUCGAGGAGAUGCUUUCAUAUCCCGGAAACGAAGAUAUUCCGGCAGGAAUAGGAGUGCAAGGCCAUUUUGGCCCUGGCCAGCCAAAUUUGGCUUAUAUGAGAUCGAGCCUGGACAUUCUUGCAACAACUGGAGCGCCCAUUUGGCUGACAGAAGUAUCUGUGGAACCAGGACUCAACCAGGCUCAGUACUUGGAGGAGGUACUUAGGGAGGCUUAUUCUCAUCCUGCUGUGGAAGGGAUCAUAAUCUUUGCAGGCCCUGCGCCCGCCGGCUUUUAUGCCACCGCUCUCACGGACAUGAGCUUCAACAACACCCCGACCGGAGACGUCGUGGACAAGCUGAUCAAGGAAUGGAAACCUGAAGACUUGAAAGCUCACACAGAUGAGGGAGGUUUCUUUGGCACUUCACUGCUCCAUGGAGAAUAUGAGAUCACAGUAAUCAAUCCGAUCACAAAUUCCUCUUCCACUUCAAGAUUUGAAGUGACCAAAGAUAGCUCAGACAAGAUUUUCCAUCUUCAGAUGGGAUGAAUAGCCUGCCGCAAGCUCCUAUACACCUGAGGAUAGUGUUUGAUCGUUGACUGAUACUUCCAUAGUUCAUAGUAUACAUAUUUUUAAAGGUAGAUAAUUCAUCUUAGGAAUUCA